AUGGGGGCAAUGUUUCGCAGUGAGGAGAUGGCGCUCUGCCAGAUGUUCAUCCAGCCCGAAGCCGCCUAUUCAACUGUCUCCGAAUUGGGAGAAGCUGGAACGGUUCAAUUCAGAGAUUUGAAUUCCGAAGUGAAUUCCUUCCAGCGAAAAUUUGUGAACGAGGUGCGACGCUGCGAUGAAAUGGAAAGGAAACUCCGCUACGUCGAAGCCGAAAUCAAUAAAGACGACGUGGCCAUACCUCCCCUAAGCGAGUUGCCAGUUGCACCUAAUCCGAGGGAAAUUAUUGACCUCGAGGCCAGACUGGAGAAGACUGAAAAUGAGAUUAUGGAACUCUCACAAAACGCUGUGAACCUAAAGUCAAAUUUUCUGGAGUUAACGGAAUUGCUUAAUAUUUUAGAAAAAACUGAGCAAUUUUUCGCCGAACAAGAAGCUGCAGUUACCCCAGAUAUGAUGCCUGCAAACGCCGUCCACGAUGAUGGAACCCAACAGGCCGUCAACCGGGGCCGACUUGGGUUCGUGGCAGGUGUGAUUCAAAGGGCCAGGGUUCCAGCUUUCGAGAGAAUGCUUUGGCGUAUUUCUCGAGGAAACGUAUUUUUGAGAAGGGCGGAAUUGGAUAAACCUUUAGAGGACCCCACUACGGGCAAUGAAAUAUACAAAACUGUCUUUGUUGCAUUUUUCCAAGGAGAAGAAUUAAAAACUCGUCUGAAAAAAGUGUGCACUGGUUUCCAUGCAUCUUUGUAUCCUUGCCCGAGUGUCCCAGCCGAACGCGAGGAUAUGCUCAUGGGUGUAAAAACUAGACUUGCUGAUUUGAAAAUGGUCCUAAAUCAGACUCACGACCAUCGUCAUCGCGUUUUAGUGAGCGUCGCAAAAGAAUUAAUGAACUGGAAGAUUAUGGUGCGCAAGAUGAAAGCAAUUUAUCACACGAUGAAUUUGUUCAACAUGGAUGUGACUCAGAAAUGUUUAAUAGGCGAAUGCUGGGUGCCCGUUAAUGAUCUAGAACUCGUGCAAAAAGCUUUGACAGACGGCUCAGAAUCUUGUGGUAGUUCGAUGCAAUCAUUUUUAAACGUUAUUCCUUCGACAGAAGCGCCACCAACUUUUAAUCGUACAAAUAAAUUCACUCAGGGCUUCCAGAAUCUCAUCAAUUCUUAUGGCAUAGCCAGCUAUAGAGAAGCAAACCCUGCACUAUACACCAUCAUCACCUUCCCAUUUUUAUUCGGAGUCAUGUUCGGCGACAUUGGUCAUGGUCUUAUAAUUUUAAUAUUUGCUGCUGUUUUGGUGAUCAACGAGAAAAAAUUAAUAGCCAAAAACAUAACUGAUGACACGUGGAACAUAUUUUUUUCUGGACGCUAUAUUAUGUUGUUGAUGGGCAUUUUCUCCAUGUAUACCGGAUUUAUUUAUAAUGAUAUUUUCUCAAUAUCGAUAAAUAUUUUCGGCAGUGGUUGGAGCAUUAAUUAUAAUGAGUCUACAGUUCUAAAUAACACAGAGUUAGUUUUAGAUCCAAAGUAUGAUUAUGGUACAGCAUAUCCUAUAGGAUUGGAUCCUGUUUGGCAACUCUCGACGAACAAAAUUAUAUUCCUGAAUUCUUUUAAAAUGAAAUUGUCAAUUAUAUUUGGUGUGAUUCAUAUGAUCUUUGGAGUUACAGUGGCCGUUAUUAAUCACGUCCAUUUUAAACGCAAGAUCAAUAUAUUAUUAGAGUUUCUUCCCCAACUUCUAUUUCUGGUACUUUUGUUUGCAUACAUGGUAUUUAUGAUGUUCCUUAAGUGGGUUCUGUAUUCAGCCGAAAGUCCUGAGAUUCGUCGUGAACCAACAUGUGCUCCUUCCGUUUUGAUCAUGUUCAUCAACAUGAUGUUGUUCAAGCAUACAGAACCAGCUCCAAAAUGUGAGGAAUUUAUGUUCCCAGGACAGAACGAAAUCCAAAUGGCUUUUAUAGCUAUAGCUUUAGCUUGUGUUCCUGUUAUGCUUUUGGGAAAACCGUUCUAUAUAAUGGCAACUAGGAAACGACAAGGAAGAAUGAUUAUCCAUCUAUUUCAGGUAUCUCCUCAACCUCCAAAAACCAAUGGCGAUUUGAGCCAAGGCAUCGAGAUGACCACAAAUCUGGAUGCUGAAGCAGCAGCUGUACCAGCAGCACAUGGACACGGAGACCAUGAUGAAGAGCCAAUGAGUGAAAUUUUUAUCCAUCAAGCAAUUCACACCAUCGAAUAUGUUCUGAGCACAGUUUCUCAUACUGCGUCUUAUCUACGUCUGUGGGCUUUGUCAUUAGCUCAUGCACAAUUAUCUGAGGUCAUGUGGAUGAUGAUAUUAAGAAUGGCGCUAAAAUCAAAUGACUAUGAAGGAUCAGUAAUGAUAUAUUUCAUAUUCUACGUUUGGUCCUGUUUUUCCUUGGUUAUUCUAGUCAUGAUGGAAGGACUUUCAGCUUUUCUUCAUACAUUACGUUUACACUGGGUUGAAUUCAUGAGCAAAUUCUACGAAGGUUUAGGUUAUUUGUUCACGCCGUUUUGUUUCAAGACUAUUUUAGAUACAGAAGCUAAAGAGUUAGAAUAA